UUGGCCCGCUUCGGUUGUCGGUUGACGAUUCUCUCCGGUCGUGGUAGUGUCAAAAGCGGCGGCGGCGACGGUUGCUUCUGCUGCUCCGUCGACGGAUUCUCCGGGAUUGGGCAGUUGUUGUCCGGUGGUUGUUGGGUUCUGGAAGUGAGGAGGAAAAAAAGAGUUUUUAGUGAAAUAGUUUGGUGAUCGAUCGGAAUAAUUUGACAAAAUGGCCACCUGCUUCGGCUGCAAGGAGGAGAUCAAGGACAAGAUGCUGGAGGCGCUGAACAAGUCCUGGCACCCGGAGCACUUUGCCUGCAAGGAGUGCAAGAAGCGCAUCACCGAGAACAAGUUUCACGAGAGCAACGGCCAGCCGGUGUGCUCCAAGUGCUACGACUCCAAGGUGCAGGCCAUCUGCGCCUCCUGCCGGAAGAUGAUCACCGAGAAAGUGGUCAAAGCGAUGGGCAAGGCCUGGCACCUGGAGCACUUUAUCUGCGGCGGGCCGUGCAAGCAGCAGCUCUCCGGGCAGACCUUCUUCGAACGGAACGGCAAACCGUACUGCACGACCGACUACGAGCGGCUGUACGCGCCCAAGUGCGGUGGCUGCAAGAAGGCCAUCUCGGAGAAGGCCAUUUCCGCGCUGGACGGCAAGUGGCACAAGGAGUGCUUCAAGUGCAAGCUCUGCAAGGAACCAAUCGGCGUGGACUCCAAGUUCCGCUCCGACAAGGACAAGCAGCCAAUUUGCGAAAAGUGCGGAAUUUAAACAAAUUUAACCAAAUUCAAUCUCUCUCUAUCCAGUUUAAAACGUAUUUACUCAACUUUAUAACCAUAAGAGCAGCAUCAUGUUAUCACUUUAUCAAUGUUAUAAUCAUCAUUUUAUCAAACAAAGGUAAAAACACGCAAACUCAAUGUCCUCUCUCUUUACUUCUCUGAACAAAAAAAAAAAAAAAAAGAAUCAACAACAUCAAGUUUGCUUUUGACGCGCGGUGUGUAACUUGAAAAAGAACUUGUAAGCUUAACGUCAUAUUGUGUGUUACAACUAUUUAUUUAUGAAUAAAGUAUAAGAAACUCAA